AUGAAGAUCAAGACCAUCAAAAGAAGCGCCGAUGACUAUGUCCCCGUGAAGUCGACGCAAGAAUCGCAGAUGCCCAGAAACUUGAACCCUGAGCUGCACCCUUUUGAAAGAGCUAGGGAAUACACAAAGGCGCUGAACGCGACAAAACUGGAAAGGAUGUUUGCAAAGCCUUUCAUCGGCCAACUUGGACAUGGUCAUAGAGAUGGUGUCUACGUUGUUGCGAAAAACUACCAUAACCUGAACAAGCUGGCCACUGCUUCUGGUGACGGUGUUAUCAAGUAUUGGAACAUGUCUACCAGGGAGGAGUACGUUUCGUUCAAGGGCCAUUACGGUCUUGUCACGGGUCUGUGUGUCACACCUGAGGGACUCUCUGUAGGGGGUCUCUCCAACCAGAAUCACAUGCUUUCCUGUGGUGACGAUAAGACGAUCAAACUAUGGUCCAUCAAUAACGAUGACUUCGCCAACAUCAAAUCUGACGAGGAACUUAUCACGAAGACGAAUGGGUCAGGUGCACUGUUGAAGACUUUCUACGGUGAGCACGCAUUCCAAGGUAUUGACCAUCACAGGGAGAAGCCGUUGUUUGUGACCGGUGGUGCGAAGAUUGAGCUUUGGGAUAACAACAGGUCGACCCCACUAACGAACCUGUCCUGGGGUGCUGACAAUAUUACCAGUCUCAAGUUCAACCAGAGUGAGACAGAUAUUGUGGCCAGUGCCGGAAGUGAUAACUCUGUUGUGCUUUACGAUCUGAGAACGAACUCGCCAACACAAAAGAUCGUUCAGUCGAUGAGAACGAAUGCUAUCUGCUGGAAUCCCAUGGAACCAUUCAACUUUGUUGUCGCGAAUGAGGAUCACAAUGCGUACUAUUACGAUAUGCGGAACAUGUCCCGGUCGUUGAAUGUGUUCAAAGACCAUGUCAGCGCUGUGAUGGAUGUUGACUUUUCGCCCACUGGUGACGAAAUUGUUACCGGUUCGUACGAUAAAACGAUCAGAAUAUUUAAGACCAACCAGGGUCACUCGAGGGAGAUCUACCACACGAAGAGAAUGCAGCAUGUGAUGCAAGUUAAGUACUCUAUGGAUUCGAAAUACUUGAUCAGUGGUUCUGAUGAUGGUAACGUUAGGAUGUGGAGAAGCGUUGCCUGGGAUAGAUCGAAUGUUAAGACGACGAAGCAGAGAUCCAAGCUAGAAUAUGAUGAAAAGUUGAAGGAGAGGUUCAAGUACAUGCCCGAAAUCAGAAGAAUUAGUAGGCACAGACACGUUCCUCAGGUCAUUAAGAAGGCUAAAGAAAUUAAGGAUAUUGAGUUGAGUUCGAUCAAGAGAAGAGAGAACAAUGAGAGGCGUACGAACAAGGAUAAGAAGUAUGUUCCUGAAAGAAAGAAGCAAAUUGUUGGGACUGUCUUUGAAUACGAGCAGAGAAAUGUUCGGAAAACCGAUGGUGGUAGUGACGACGAUGUGGAAUGA